AAGACAGUCAGACAUUAACGCAGCAACAGCAUGCUGAACCAGAGGAGCUUCAGAAAGGCCAGCGCCCAUUGCACCUCAGGACAACCACCAUCACACACUGAUUAUUACUGUGAGCAGUGAGAGGCAGUGUGGAUAUUAUGGCCGUCAGUCAGUCUGCACUAUGGGAGGCAUGCUGAGGGCUGCCGGAGCUGCUCCGUCCCUGAUAGACAGAAUAUCACAUGUUGGCUCGGCCUAGAGGACACUUCUUAACGUGCCAUGGGAUUAAAAUAGGAAAAUGAACACCUGCAGCCAGGAAACUUUUUGACUUCAGCAGCAUUUGAAGGUGGGUCAACACCUCCGGCAGCUACAGUGGACUACAGUUCCCACAUGCCUCAGAUAAGAUGUUUCUAUGGGCAGGAAGUAAAGCAACGGAUGGAAGAAGUGACCGCAGAUCCAUCUACCAGAAGAUUCGUGAGUAUGAAGUGCUGGACAAGAGGAAGACAGUGACGGCUCUGAGAGCAGGAGAGGACAGAGCCAUAUUGCUGGGCCUCAGCAUGGUCUUCUUCUCUGUCAUGAUGUACUUUGUCCUGGGAAUCACCAUACUGCGCUCCUACUCUGACAGUGUGUGGACAGAUGAGGCUAGCUGCACUAUUGUGAACUCGACCAUCAUGUGGGAUGUAAACUGUUCAUAUAGCUGUGGAGCAGAGUGCUGGAGGAGUUCCCGUUACCCCUGUCUCCAGGUGUAUGUGAGCCUCAACUCGUCAGGGAAAGUGGUGCGACUGCUGCACAAUGAGGAGACGCAAGACAGCAACCCUGAGUGCUUCUACAUCCCAAAGUGCCGUAAGGACUAUGCAGCCACACACGCCAUAAUUCAGAACAUUUCUGAGCGUCUGCGGUCUCAGCACACAGUUCAGUGUUUCAUGGACCCUACCGACAGGACGGACAGUGCCAUUUUGACUCAGAUCUACGGUCGGGUCGCAGUCUUCCACUCCCUGUUCUGGCCGACCUGCACCUUGAUCGGAGGAACCCUCAUCAUCGCCAUGGUGAAGCUGACCCAGUACCUGUCCAUCAUGUGUGAGCGACUGAGCCGUAUCAAGAGGUGAAGGGCAGAAAGGCUGCAAGUUCAGAUGGGUGUUCCAUGUGUUACAUGGACAUGGGGACAACUGAAGCAGCUUCAUGAGGCCAGAUGUGCUCUGUCUGUGACAGCAGGAAUUCUGGGAUUCAAGGAAAGUAAUGGUGACAAUCUAACAGCAGCUAGAAUGAAGACUAAAUAUUUUUCAGACAUUGCUGAAGAUAAAGUGAUGCUGGUUUGCAGUUUGACACUAGUGGGACCAGCUAGUGGUUGAAGCUCAGUAACAAUCUUUGAAAUGAUAAGUCACAUUGCGGUUGUUGGCCAGUCUUUAAUUUUGUUAGAUGUAUACUAAUGUGACAGUGUGUUUUUGGAGCUAUUCUGUAUCUGCUUGCUUCAGCCUUUCGGGAAGCACGCAUACUUGCUUUCUUUUACAUUGUGUCCAGUGUCCAUUAAAUAUGAAGCUAUAGCCAGUUAGCUUAGCUUAGCACAGCACCUAUGAAGUUCAUUAGUUAACACAUUAUAUGUUGUUUGUUUAGUCAAGGCAAACUGUUUCCACCUGAAUUCGCUUCUUCUAACAUACAGAUUUGAGAGUGGCAUCAAUCUUCUCAAGUAACUCAGUAAGAAAGCAAAUAUAUAUCCAAUUAGCUUUUAGUUUUUCACACCUAACAAAUAGAACAAAUUACAAUUAUUUGAUAUUUCUUAAAUUAGACUGUUUUUAUUGUUGUCAAUCCUUCUCGAUAGACUUGACAGUCGUUUAUUUGUUUUUAUUCCUGUAUACCAUUCUUGUCAGACAUGCCUGCUGGUUAUUUGUUUUAUUCGACUUAUUCAUUAUCUAAUUAUUAUUAGCAAUGUGACUGUUGUUAUCAUAUAUUGUAUAUCACUCUAGCCUGUGAAUGUGAUUUCAGGGCAUUGCUGUAAAAGAGCUUGAUGCUAAGUCAAUCCUCCCUGAAUAACAAUGGUUGAUGAAAUAUGUAUUUUCCAAAAUGUCAAACUGUUCCUUUAAAGACCUUCUUAAAUUGUAACUUGGUACCAAAAUGUGCAUUUUAGACCAUCUGGGUCCACAACAAGCCAGGAUUAAAUGCUCUACUAUAUCUUUGUCAUAGGGUUAGGGAUGAAAAAGAUUUGCAGUUUAGGACCUAUGUUAAAAAAGCCACUUUAUUACCCACUGUUCUAAUGUUUGAAAGUCUGUAUUCUGACACUGUGGACUGUGAUUUAACUGAAAUGAACACAUUUAUUUAAUAUCUGUGGAAUUAUUGUCUAAGUUGGGCCUAUUUUGGCUGGAACAACCUCCCUCCUGAGAUUACACUGUCUGACUCUACUGAGGCCUUUAAAUCCAAACUUAAAACUCAUCUUUAUGCCUUAACUUUCAGUUAGUGGCUUAUUCUUUGAUUACGCAAGGCCUGGUUCAUGAGAUUAUUCCAAACUCUGAUAACCAAUAUAUCCAUCUAACCCUGACAUCCUCCUCCCUGUCCUCUCUUUUUACUCAGCCUCACUGUUUCUGGAGCAUCAGCCAGACAGGCUGGUUAAAACGAAAAGAUGCAAUUGGUUGCAUCAUGGGAAAUGAAGGAUUCAGUGAUGUGAUUCAGAGAUUGACCAGUACUUGGGGCUAAAAAUCAGGAC